CUGAGACUGAUUAGAAUUUAAAAAAAAAGAUAACAAAGUUCAAAUUUAGCUUAGAUUUUUGUUAGAAACUAAAGCAGACUGAAUAAUGACUGAUGAUGAGUUGGAAAAGAUCUAUAGACCUUCGGCCACCUUAAUAAUAGCUGCUAAAUCUAGCAGUAACGAACAUGGCUACAAUUAUCAAUUUUUACUGGCCAAACGUUCUGCCGCCAUAGCAUUUGCUCCCGAUCAUUAUGUUUUCCCCGGUGGCGUGUUUGAUCCAAAGGCUGAUGAAAAUAUCGAAUGGUUAGGAUAUUUUAAAACGUUUGGCAUUUCCAAGGAAGAUCUGAACAAACUGAGUUUGCAAAACUUACCCAACAGACCCACACCCCUAAUGACUAAUGGUCACAACUUAGGCCGUGAUAUCUCCUUACGUAUAACUGCUAUUAGAGAAGCCUUUGAAGAAGUUGGCCUAUUGUUAUGUUUGAAUCGUGAAGAUUUGAAAAAUAAGCAUAAAAUCAGUGGUAGUUUUAAGCACAAUUUUGAUCGUUCACAUUGGCAACAGAGGGUACAUAAUAAUGCUAUGGAAUUUUUAAAUUUAUGUAAACACAUGGAUGUUGUGCCAGAUUUAUGGUCUUUACAUGAAUGGAGUGUCUGGCGUAGUCCACCCACAGCUAGAAAGAAAUAUGAUACAGCCAUUUAUGUGGUGACAUUAGAGGAUCAACCGAAACUAUUACUAGAGCCGACAGAAGUUGAAAAAGAAUUGUGGGCGACACCACCUGCCUCUCUUAAGCUCUACAAAGAUAGCACAAUUUGGUUGGCUCCUAUGCAAUUUUACGAAAUCUCACGCUUAUCUAAUGCUUUAGACUGGUCCAAAUUACAAGCAUUUGUUAAAGAGCGCAACUUUAAAGGUAGUACACUAAUAAUGCUGGCUUAUUAUAGAUGUACCGAUUAUUUAGUGGGAACUUUACCAGGUGACGAUUAUUACCCCAAAAAUACUUUAGAGCAUACGGAAACUUUGCCAUUAUCUUGUUCAGUUAUGGAAUUUAAAAAAAAAACUAAAAAUAUUCAUCGAAUAACAUAUCUUGAUAUGUAUGAUUUGUGUGUUACUUCAAAUAUUACACCAAUAGAUGGGCAUUUAAGUCCUGUGCUAAAUUUGUUGGAUAAUAGUAAAUUGUAAAUAUGUUUUAGGUUGUAAAUUAAAAAACAUUUUUAACA